UUCAGGAUAAUGUUUUGAACAUCAUAAAUCAAAUCAUGGAUGAAUGCAUUCCACAUGAACGGGCCAACCGAGACUUUUGUGUUAAGUUUCCAGAGGAAAUACGCCAUGACAACCUUGCAGGACAGCUUUGGUUUGGGGCAGAAUGUUUGGCUGCUGGUUCAAUUAUUAUGAAUCGUGAAAUUGAGAGUAUGGCUAUGAGGCCGUUGGCCAAGGAUCUGACCCGAAGCCUAGAGGAAGUUAGAAAUAUCAUUCGUGACCAGGCCUUAAGGGAUUUGAACCUCUACACAGAAAAAAUGAAAGAUUCACUCAAGCAUUUUGACGUCCUUUUUGCUGAAUUUGAAUUAAGUUAUGUGUCAGCCAUGGUACCUGUGAAGUCUCCAAAAGAAUAUUAUGUACAGCAAGAGGUAAUCGUGCUUUUCUGUGAAACUGUGGAGAGAGCCUUAAGGCUUGGAUACCUCACUCAAGAUAUGAUAGAUGACUAUGAACCGGCUUUAAUGUUUACAAUUCCAAGAUUAGCCAUUGUUUGUGGCCUUGUCGUCUACUCCGAGGGACCAUUAAACUUGGACCAUAAACCAGAAGAUAUGUCUGAACUCUUCAGACCUUUUCACACUCUGCUAAGAAAAAUAAGGGAUCUACUUCAGACAUUAACUGAGGAUGAACUGCACACACUGGAACGUAACCUCUGCAUCUCUCAAGAUGUGGAUUUUCCUGUCAGAGCAGAUCCUGAAGUACCCUCUGUCAUUACACCAGGCAUAACUGCAACUUUGCCUGCUAAGGAGCUUUCAGCAAAAGCUGAAAACACAGAGGCUGAGCUGGCUUGUUCUAUGCAGUAUGAUGAACAGGAGCUGGAGCAGCUGAAUAGGAUGGUACACAGAGUCGGAGAUGAAAUGUCUUCUCUGCUUUCCCCGCCAAGCAUCUGUCAGUCUCCAGCUCACAGACCUAGCCUAAGAAAUAGUUCUAGCACAGAAGCUUCACCAACAAGACACCAUCUUGACAAUUUAAGUGAUGAAGAGGACAGAGUGUUUUUUAUGGAUGACCUAGAUGGAGCAGGAGAAGCUCUUGCUGGGUUGGAUUCAGUAAGUGAUACUUUUGCUUGGGUGAAUAACCCUUGCCACAAUUCAAAACAGAACCUGCAAUAUAGAGAUGCUUUGCUGUACGAGAACGGCCAUCAGACAGAGGAAACUUUGCUUUUAAAAGAUGCUGAAAGUGACUUAAGCAAUAAUAACAAUAUUGAAGAUAGCAAACAGAUGUCUGGCAUCUCAGUUCAGAAUUCAUGCAGCUGCCUAGAAGGUCCAGACUCACAGUUAUACCUUAAUGGCUGGGAUGCGUAUGCUGAUGAUGCAGAAAUGGCGGAAGUGAUAGCUCACAGGACAGGGGGAAUGAAAAUAUCUGCUACUGUAAUAUUCAAUCCUAAAUCUCCCUCUAGCUCAGAAUCCCCAGUAACAACUCCAGAAGCAGCUAUUAGUUGUGUUCCUGGAUCUGCUAAUCCAUUAGCAAAUGAGGAGGAGGAUGAAUCCCAUAAACUCAGUAUAGCUGCCACAAACUGUCUAAUUAAUUCCUGUGUGUGUUGUGGCAGCUGUGAAGACAGCAGGGAGGACAGUGUUGAAGGUUUAAAGACUAAACAUUCUGCGGGAGGUGUUGUAAAUGCUUCAUACACGUUAGUAAAGUCUAAGGAAAUGGACCAUGUAGAUGACUUGGACAAUUCAGCCCCUGCACAGGAAACAUUAAAACCUGAAACUUCUGCUUUGUUAGCAGAAGGAGACUUCGGCAGAGAAGAGCAAAAACUGCCGAUCUCCUCUAAGUGCCUGGCACAUUCCUCAGGUUCACAGGUAGGAGCAGAAAAUGACUCGCAAGGAGAGGCAGAAAGCAUCUCAAAUCAGCAGAAGUGGGAGAAGAGAAAACAACUAUGUGAGAAAAAACAGGACAACAACGAAGAUGCUAGUAGUGAAAGGACAGCAAAGGAAGAUGUAAAGUCAAGAUCUAGUUCAAGAACUUCAGUGGUGACAUCCUGCUCUUCUGAGAAGUGGUCAUUUAACAGCUCCUCCCUAUUUGUG